AUGGCCGUUGAUGGCGAUGAGCAGGAGGAGCCUGGCAAAGCUGAUGCCACCUGCGAGGGCCGGGGGCCUUCUGCAGCCGAAGCUGUAGACAAGCAGCCGGCCCCGACUGCCGGCGAAGCCGCCACAGGUGAAGGCACUGAUCGAGGGCCAAAACCCAGUCCAGCACCAAAGCGCCAGCGUGUUGCGCAGUGGGAGGAAAUCGAUUGUGGGGCGGCGGGGCACUGCUUCUACAACUGUGUCACCGCGGGCUUCGUCCUCAAGACCACGCGGACCGCCUUCGAGGACAUCAAAGGUGGCUUAAAUGCCAAGGGGCGUGGCCUGCGCAGCCGCGUGGCCUCCUACAUUCAAGGGCACGAGGAGCGGUUCAAGCCGUACUUUGAGCCUAGCUGUGUGAGCCCCGACUCGGCCGACCCGGAAGCCGAGGCGGCUCACCUUCUCAUAGUUGCGGAUGGAACCCCCCCAGCCACAUGGCAGCAGUACCUAGAGGCUAUCUGGCGGCCUGCCAGAUGGGCCGAUGAAAUCAGUUUUCGGGCGGCUGCUGCCUUGCUGGGAAUUUCCUUGCAGCUGGUGUGCGGUAGUUUGGAUAAGCCUGAACAGGUGCUUUCCUAUGUUAACCCUAAGUCGGCAAUUACCCUCUACCUGCGAUACUCCCUUGGGCACUACACUCUCCUUCUUCCGAGGGGAGACAAGUUGCCUGACUACAUCCGCCAGGAGGCCGUUGCACAAACUGCCUCUCAGACUUUUGCCCCCCGCGGGGGAGGCAAACGGCAGCUAAGCACUGUGUGCCUUGGCCUUGGCGCCAUGGAUGAUUCCUGGAUCCCUGCACAUGUCUCCUCCGAGGAAGAGGGUGCACCACGGAAACCUGCCACAUGCCCUGACAAGCCAAGGCCAUCACCCGCCGGGAGCAUGGGCCAACGUACUCAUCAUGCCGGCUCAGCCAAGAGCCAGCCAUGGCAACGCAAUGACAAAGGCAAGCGCCGGUCCUGCCAACUCGCAAAGCAGCGCAGCCAGCGCAUGAAGGGCAUCUCCCUUGCAGUCAGCAAGGCCCGCCAAAAGCACUGCACGGUCGGCCGACGCAAGCAGUGGACUUGCAAUGUCUGUGACGUGGUGGUCAAAGCAGGUUCCAUGAGACAGCUCUCGAUAGGCCGAUAUGGACACAUCAAGCGAGUGCAUCCGCGAGUGCCGCUCGACCGGUUCACUGACGUCCGGGCGUUCAUUCCGGUGACGCCGACCGUCUUGGACUUGGACCAGCCUGCCUGGAUGUGCGCAUGGUGUCACACUUUCUUGCCAAGAUUGGACACACCGUAUGCUUUGACCAAGUCAGCCAAAGCCCAUCUUCAGUGCUGUGACCUCGCUCCCGAUGGGGUCACCCUGUCACAAAACCUCAGGGAAAUAUUGACGGCUGAAGGCAUCGAGCCUCCGGCCCGGGCUGCCGAUCUGUGCCAGACCUUUGGGAGGAAGAUAGACCUUGGGCAAUACAGGCCGGCCGCCAAGGAGCUCAAGGAACUGACUGCAGAGCGCCAGCGGGAUACCUCACUGCCAGUGCGCCGCGCCCUGGCGAGCCGGCGCUGCGUCAUGGGCGGCAGCCAGCAAGCACAGGACAAGAAGGGGCGGGGCGCUUCCCAGGCGUCAGCCUCAAGCGCCCCCGGCGAGGCGAAAGGCCAUUUCCACCACGCCCUGCGGCCUGCAUCGAGGGGAAUGGCUCCAAGCAAAGACCUCACCACGGAAGCCAGUCAUCGAUUUCGUGUGGCGCUCAAGCCCCCUCCUCAGGACGGCGGCUGGGUGCGAGACCUUACGGCCGAGAACAUCGAGCCCAACCCCGGGCCAUCCACAACUGCCUCCCGAAGGCUGAGUGUGACCACCUGGAAUGCACAGGGUCACCGCAACAUUUUCGAAGCUUUGGCGGUCAUGCUCUUUCGCGGAGCUGACGUGGUCUUGCUGCAAGAGGUCAACCUCUCGGUCGAGAAGCGCAAGGAGAUCAUCAUUGCAGCCUCUGCCAGGGGAUAUCACUCGUUUUUCUCCGAGUCCACGGCCGGCACCGACAGCACGGGUCGGGAACUGCACCGAGGAGGCCUCGCCGUGCUGGCAAGGCAAGAGCUACCCGCUCGACAGGUGGGGAAUGCAAGGGUCAACGGCGUCUUUGAGACUCUGUGUGUGCGGCUUGGAUGCUUUGGCCUCCUUGUCAACUGCCACCUCAAGCCGCGAGGGGAUUGGCAACAGUGCAGGGUACACUUGGAAGAGCUCCAACAAUCUGAGGACCAUGUGCUGCUUGGGGGUGACUUCAACCUUCUCCCCACCGAGGUGCAAGUUGCCGGUAUGGGCCACCCUACGGCGCCCCGCGACAGCCAAGGACACUACAAGCCCACUCGGGUCGACGGGCAUCGUUGCAUCGACUUUUUCCUCGGCAAGAGUGUUGACCUAGCCGAGGCCCAGUGUGACUGCGAAACGUUGAGCGACCAUUUGCCUGUCAGUGUUGCCAUCACUGUGCCUUGUGAGACACGGGAGCAGCUCCUUCAGCUGCGCCCCACCACCUUUUACGGGUUACCUCGAGAAGCCACUGCUGAGGAGUUCACCCAGGGGCAACACGAGUUUUGGCAGCAGCAACCAAUGCUGCCGGACCAGGGUGACACCGAAGCUGAGUGGCAGUGGUUCUGCCAAACAGCCGAACAAGCCUGCCGGCACGCCACUGCCAAGUACGAGAGCAUCCGCGAUCCCCCUCACCGCCGGCCCAAAGGAUCCGGGUAUAGCACCAUUGAUCGUGCUGCCAUCAACCGAGGCGGCUCUGAGGCACAUGCUUUUCAGAUGCGUAGGCUGCUCAAGCUGCAGGGGAGAGUACGUGAGUGGCAGAGGCAAGCACGCCUCGGCACUGACACCACGGUGCUCAAAACUUGCGUGCGGCGCACUUGGCUGCAGCAGUGCGGCGAGCUCCCUGAGUCCCCUGCUGAGGCGGAACAUGCCAUCACUGCCAGCGUUGCCGAGGUCCAGGCCACUCAAGCCCGGGAAGCCAUCCACAGAUGGCAGCAAAGCUUGGCCACGCGCGGCAAAGAAGCUACCCGUUGGCUUAAAGGCAAAAAACGCCGCAUUACUGGCGUCACCGGCACGGUACCAGGGCAACCUCAGGGGGUGCUCUCGACAGCUGCCAGCCUCGAGCACAUCCAUGCCUUCUGGAUGAAGAUCUGGGAACGACCCGGGGUGCAGCACAGCCAGGCUCUGCAAGCUUGGCGUAGGCACGGGCUGCAUAGACGGUGCGACUUUCUGGCCUCACAGGUGUGGAAGCCAGAGGCCUUGCAACGUGCCGCUGCCGCCAAAGCUAGUUCGGCUCACGGCGUUGACGGCUGGAGGGGCGAUGAGGUCAAGUAUUGGCCUAAAGCCGCGUGGACCGUCUACUCCACUCUCCUGUGUCGCUGGGCCGCUCGAGGGCGGUUUCCUGCGGCUUGGCAGGCCAUGCGGCAGGUCCAGGUGCCCAAAGCUGAGGCGAACGACCUCACAGGUGAGAUCGCGGCCAGUGACCUACGGCCGAUCGUUGUGAUGUCGAUCUUGUGGCGAAUUGCUUCCUCGACGGUGGCAUCCAGCCCCCAAGUUCAGGCCUGGCAGCAAGAGGUUCUCACUCCUGAACAAUUUGGCGGCGUGCAUGGCAGGCAUAUCCACCACGGCAUUGGCAAGCUCGCUGGCCCACAUGCUCGCGGCCUGCCACUCACCAGCUUGGAUUAUGCAAAGUGCUUCGACUAUGUGCACCCACAGCUUGCUUGCGACGUGCUGGCAGCAGCAGGUCAGUGGACACAAGGUCGAGGCCUCGCUCCCCCAAGGCGACGGCCUUGCGCCCUUGCCCUCAACGUGUUGAUGUCAGCGCCAAGCCGCCAGAUUGCCGACAGGUUUGGGGAUAGGCUCCAGCAAUGCAUCUUCCUCGACGACAGAGCAUUCACUACCGAGGCCCGCCUGGUCCCGGAAGUCCUACAAGCUUGGCAGUGGUGGUCAGAGCAGUUUGGCCUUCGGGAAAACAGCGGCAAACGGGCCAUCGUGUGCAGCCGAGGCCCCGCCGUGGAAGCACUGCGCAGGGACGGCCUAGGCCAGUGGCUCAAGGACUUCACUUCGAGCCCAGCGGUGCCACGCGUCACCAGCGCCAGCCGCUUCGCCGAAGCGCUGAGGCUCGGCCGGAAGCUGCUCGCCAGGAGCAUAGCUUUGGAUGUCCGUCGUGACCUCUGGAGAACGCGAGUGGUGCCAUUAGCCGCAUGGGGCCACCUUUUCACGGCGCCGGCCCAGGAGGACCUGAAAGAGUUCCGUACGCUCGGCAAAGCUGUCCUCUACAGCCACAGGGCAGCAAGCGUGCGCCUUCAGCGCUUGCUUGAGGGACACAACAUGGACCUCGCGUUUCAGUCAGGCAUGCAUGCGCUCCGGAGCCUUCACUCUAGCCUGCUCUGGAAGGACGUGGCGCGAGCCCAGGGUUUAGGCACCUGGUUCAGUAGGGUUCGGGGCUUCCUUGUGGACAUGGGCUGGCACCCCGAGAGCUCCACUGUUUUCACUUCUGGUCAGGCCCGUCUGGACUUCGAAGGGGACAGAGCAAGUUCCAUUGCCCACCGCAUCAGGGCGCAGUGGAGAAGCCAGCUCCUCGAGCAAUUCCGCGCCUCCGGGCGGAGGGACGCUACACAGCUGGCAGGAUGGAGGCCUGGAACUGCUUCGGUGCGCUUGGCGAUCAAGCUCUACCAAGCCGCGCCUGCUGAGAGAAAAGCGGUGCUGAGCGGCGCUGCUUGCAGCACGGCCUACUACCAAAAACGCCAGACUGGUGGUGCGGCCCAGCAGUGUGUUUGGUGUGGAGCAGCGGUGGCUGCCGACUGGGAACAUCUGGCAUGGCAAUGCAGUGCUAUGCUCGACGGUGCUGAACGACCUGCAAGGCCCACUGUGAUUACCCCGGGCACCUGGUGGCAUCUCCUGGACGAUGACAAGGACUCCCGUCGUCGCAAGGGUGACGAUGAUGACGGCUGCUGGCAUGGAAGUACCUCCACGUGGUGCCAGCGGGCCUCCAAUAGGGAGGAGCAGAACUUCACCGACAUGAUCAUGAUCAAAAAGAAGGACCCGACUUCGCUGGCCUCGGGGUCAGAGGAGCUGGUCGAAACUUGGUUUGAAGAAGAGGCUGCAUGCUCGGGGCAAGACGGCCUGCCGCAAGAAGAGGCCGAGGCCUCCAUGCGAGGAGACGUCACAGUGGGAGGAUUCGGUGGGCACUGUGGGUGCAUGUCACUGGAUCCGAUUCCAUCGGUUGUGGAGAAAGCCCAGAGGGCAAUCCUGGGCGGGAUGAUGUUGGUGCCGGCGGGGGAUUUGGCAGCUGCACUCAGGAGGUGUGCGCCGGGUGUGGAGAAUGCUCGGAUGGCCAACCCGGGCGGGAUGCGGAUGGUGCCGGUGGUGGACUCGGCAACUGCCCGCAGCGAGCGUGCAAGGGCCAUUUUGGCCGGAGUGACAGCGAUACUGAGGGGAAACAAGCCGGGGAACAUUGCACAUGUGAACCGCCCGGACGGCCAACCUGGGCGGGACGGAUGGGCGGAGGAAAUUGAGAUCCUGCGCGCAAGCUUGGUGCGGGCCGACGGCUCACUUCUUCCGGCCACGCACAACGUGGCAGCCCCGCGCGGCGGGGGUAGAGAUGAAGGGGCCUUCCUGCAAGCGCUCCAGCAGCUGGUGGCAACGUUUUGCGUUGACGGGGCACCAGCCGAUGCAAAAGGUCCUCCGAAAGGCGCAGGCAAGGCCGGCAAAGACAAGGGCAAAGGGGAAGGCAAGCCAGCCGCGGGCAGCAUUGACGAGAAGCAACUGCUGGCCGCGAUCACUAGGCUGUGCAGCGUCAUUGAAUCAGCUAAGGCCAUGGCUGAAGCUAGUGCCGUCAAGCAGUCCUUUUACACCAGCCGGGCCACACAAUCCAAGGCAGCAGGUGAUAGCAAGGCACAAGGUCAGGUGGAGCACAUUCUUGUCAAGAAUCCUGAUCAAGCCACAGCCCUGCGGGACAUGGCCAGGGUCAACGAGGUCCAAGGCAAGGUUGCCCUUCUCUGCCCAGGCGAGCUCGGCGAGGCAGCUAAGAAGUGCGACGUCACUUGUGUCAAGGGUGAACGCAGGGAGGUGAAGCAGUGGCACGCCGUGCCACUCACGCGGGAGGGCUGCCCUGAGCCUCCCGUGGUGAGGCGGCAGUCGUCAUUCAAGCCGCCCGCCCGAGACCUCCAGACACUGCGAGUGCAAGCGGCCAAGGCGUUCAUGCAUGACGAGGUCUGGCGCGCUUUGCAAGGUUGCCCUAGGGAGGUGGUCGGCAAGCUCUUAGGGGUCAAGCCUCACAAAGCUGAAGGAUGGAAGCUGGUGACUGGGAAGGAUUGCGACCCGUACUUCGUGGGGUACGUGACCUUUGUCACCACCGAGGCAGCCAAGGUGCUUGAGCAGUCGGGUAAGAACGGGCUGUUCUCCGAGCCGCUGGCCCGCGAUCAGGCGGCCCGGCCCAUGGUGCAAUGGGUCGACCCCGAGGGACUGGUAGGAAUUUCCUACUUACGCAAGUGCUUGCAAGCAGCGGCUGGCAAGGCCCUUGCGCUGCGCAAGGGACAAGGCUCCUGCUUAGGCAUCCGGGCCAGGAAAGGGGAGGCGGUCAAGGCCGUGAGCACAUGGCGAGUGCGGGGCGUGCCGCGCUCCUGGAGCGACGCCGACAUCGUGGAUGCCUUGCAAGGUGCUGCUUUCCUCAAUGUCACUGUGCUCGGCGAGGCACAGGGGAGCCGACCCUGGCUGGUUCGGGCCGAACUGGCCGAUGAUCGGGGUGAGCUGGCCAUGCUCGUGGAGGCCGGCGAUAAAACCCUCAGGAUAGAGCGCGUGGUGGGCCGCCAAAAGGCCGAGACCUUCCGAGAAAAGCAGUGGCAGCCACCUCGCAAAGGUCAAGGCAAGGCCCAAGGCAAAGGACGGACCGAUACUGGCAGCCCCGAGCCGGUGGACAACGCUGAAGCUAUGGCCGUUGAUGGCGAUGAGCAGGAGGAGCCUGGCCAAGCUGAUGCUACCAGCGUGGGCCGGGGACCUUCUGCAACCGAAGCGGAAGUCAAGCAGCCGGCCUCGACUGCCGACGAAGCCGCCACCGGUGAAGGCAAUGAUCGUGGGCCAAAACCCAGCCCAGCACCAAAGCGCCAGCGUGUUGCGCAGUGGGAGGAAAUCGAGUGUGGGGCGGCGGGGCACUGUUUCUACAACUGUGUCACCGCGGGCUUCGUCCUCAAGACCACGCGGACCGCCUUUGAGGACAUCAAAGAUGACUUAAAUGCCAAGGGGCGUGGCCUGCGCAGCCGCGUGGCCUCCUACAUUCAAGGGCACGAGGAGCGCUUCAAGCCGUUCUUCGAGCCUAGCUGUGUGAGCCCAGACUCGGCCGACCCGGAAGCCGAGGCGGCUCAUCUUCUCAUAGUUGAGGAUGGAACCCCCCCAGCCACAUGGCAGCAGUACCUAGAGGCAAUCUGGCGGCCUGCCAGAUGGGCCGAUGAAAUCAGUUUUCGGGCCGCUGCUGCCUUGCUGGGAAUUUCCUUGCAGCUGGUGUGCGGUAGGUUGGAUAAGCCUGACCAGGUGCUUUCCUAUGUUAACCCUAAGUCGGCUAUCACCCUCUACCUGCGAUACUCCCUUGGGCACUACACUCUCCUUCUUCCGAAGGGAGACAAGCUGCCUGACUACAUCCGUCAGGAGGCCGUUGCGCAAACUGCCUCUCAGACUUUUGCCCCCCGUGGGGGAGGCAAACGGCAGCAAAGCACUGUGGGCCUUGGCCUUGACGCCAUGGACGAUUCCUGGAUCCCUGCACAUGUCUCCUCCGAGGAAGAGGGUGCACCACGGAAACCUGCCACCUCCCCUGACAAGCCAAGGCCAACACCUGCCGGGAGCAGGGGCCAACGUACUCAGCAUGCUGGCCCAGCCAAGAGCCAGCCACGGCAACGCAAUGAUAAAGGCAAGCGCCGGUCCUGCCAACUCGCAAAGCAGCGCAGCCAGCGCAUGAAGGGUGUCUCCCUUGCAGUCAGCAAGGCCCGCCAAAAGCACUGCACGGUCGGCCGACGCAAGCAGUGGACCUGCAAUGUCUGCGACGUGGUGAUCAAAGCAGGCUCCAUGAGACAGCUCUCGAUAGGCCGAUAUGGACACAUCAAGCGAGUUCAUCCGCGAGUGCCGCUCGACCGGUUCACUGACGUCCGGUCGUACAUUCCGGUAACGCCGACCGUCUUGGACGUGGACCAGCCUGCCUGGAUGUGUGCAUGGUGUCACACUUUCUUGCCAAGAUUGGACACACCAUAUGCUUUGAAUAAGUCAGCCAAAGCCCAUCUUAAGCGCUGUGUCCUCGCUCCUGGUGGGGCCACCCUGUCACAAAACCUCAGGGAAAUAUUGACGGCGGAAGGCAUUGAGCCUCCGGCCCGGGCUGCCGAUCUGUGCCAGACCUUUGGGAGGAAGAUAGACCUUGAGCAAUACAGGCCGGCUGCCAAGGAGCUCAAGGAACUGACUGCAGAGCGCCAGCGGGACACCUCACUGCCAGUGCGCCGCGCCCUGGCGAGCCGGAGCUGCGUCAUGGGCGGCAGCCAGCAAGUACAGUGCAAGAAGAGACGGAGCGCUUCCCAGGCGCCAGCCUCAAGCGCCCCCGGCCAUUUCCACCACGCCCUGCGGUCUGCGCCGGGGGGAAUGGCUCCAGGCAAAGACCUCACCACGGAAGCCGGUCAUCGAUUUCGUGUGGCGCUCAAGCCCCCGCCUCAGGACGGCGGCUGGGUGCGAGACCUUACGGCCGAGAACAUCGAGCCCAACCCCGGGCCAUCCACAACUGUCUCUCGAAAGCUGAGUGUGACCACCUGGAAUGCACAAGGUCAUGGCAACAUUUUCGAAGCUUUGGCGGUCAUGCUCUUUCGCGGAGCUGACGUGGUCCUGCUGCAAGAGGUCAACCUCUCGGUUGAGAAGCGCAAGGAAAUCAUCAUUGCAGCCUCUGCCAGGGGAUAUCACUCGUUUUCUCCGAGUCCACGGCCGGCACCGACAGCACGGGUCGGGAACUGCAUCGAGGAGGUGGGGAAUGCAAGGGUCAACGGCGUCUUUGAGACUCUGUGUGUGCGGCUUGGGUGCUUUGGCCUCCUUGUCAACUGCCACCUCAAGCCACGAGGGGAUUGGCAGCAGUGCCGGGUUCACUUGGAAGAGCUCCAGCAAUCUGAGGACCGUGUGCUGCUUGGGGGCUUCAACCUUCUCCCCACCGAGGUGCAAGUUGCCGGUAUGGGCCACCCCACGGCACCCCGCGAUAGCCAGGGACACUACAAGCCCACCCGGGUCGACGGGCACCGUUGCAUCGACUUCUUCCUCGGCAAGAGUGUUGGCCUAGGCGAGGCCCAGUGUGACUGCGAGACGCUAAGCGAUCACUUGCCUGUCAGUGUUGACAUCACCGUGCCAUGUGAGACACGGGAGCAGCUCCUCCAGCUGCGCCCCACCACCUUUUACGGGUUACCUCGAGAAGCCACUGAUGAAGAGUUCACCCAGGGGCAACACGAGUAUUGGCAGCAGCAGCCCAUGCUACCCGACCUGGGUGACACCGAAGCUGAGUGGCAGUGGUUUUGCCAAACAGCCGAACAAGCCUGCCGGCACGCCACUGCCAAGUACGAGAGCAUCCGCGAUCCCCCUCACCGCAGGCCCAAAGGAUCCGGGUAUAGCACCAUUGAACGUGCUGCCAUAAACCGAGGCGGCUCCGAGGCGCAUGCUUUUCAGAUGCGUAGGCUGCUCAAGCUGCAGGGGAGGGUACGUGAAUGGCAGAGGCAAGCACGCCUCGGCACCGACACCACGGUGCUCAAAACUUGCGUGCGGCGCACUUGGCUGCAGCAGUGCGGCGAGCUCCCUGAGUCCCCUGCUGAGGCGGAACAUGCCAUCACUGCCAGCAUUGCUGAGGUCCAGGCCACUCAAGCCCGAGAAGCCAUCCAUAGAUGGCAGCAAAGAUUGGCCUCGCGCGGCAAAGAAGCUACACGUUGGCUUAAAGGCAAAAAGCGCCGCAUUACUGGCGUCACCGGCACGGUGCCGGGACAACCUCAGGGUGUGCUCUCGACAGCUGCCAGCCUCGAGCACAUCCAUGCCUUCUGGAAGAAGAUCUGGGAACGACCCGGGGUGCAGCGCAGCCAGGCUCUGCAGGCUUGGCGUAGGCACGGGCUGCAUAGACGGUGCGACUUUCAGGCCUCUCAGGUGUGGAAGCCAGAGGCCUUGCAACGUGCCGCUGCCGCCAAAGCUAGUUCGGCUCAGGGCGUUGACGGCUGGAGGGGCGAUGAGGUCAAGUAUUGGCCCAAAGCCGCGUGGACCGUCUACUCCACUCUCCUGUGUCGCUGGGCCGCUCGAGGGCGGUUUCCCGCGGCUUGGCAGGCCAUGCGGCAGGUCCAGGUGCCCAAAGCUGAGGCGAGCGACCUCACAGGUGAGAUCGCGGCCAGUGAUCUACGGCCGAUCGUUGUGAUGUCGAUCUUGUGGCGAAUUGCUUCCUCGACGGUGGCAUCCAGCCCCCAGAUUCAGGCCUGGCAGCAGGAGGUGCUCACUCCUGAACAAUUUGGCGGCGUGCAUGGCAGACAUAUCCACCUCGGCCUUGGCAAGCUCGCUGGCCCACAUGCCCGCGGCCUGCCACUCACCAGCCUGGAUUAUGCUAAGUGCUUCGACUACGUGCACCCACAGCUUGCUUGCGACGUGCUGGUAGAAGCAGGAUUCCCGCCAGUUGUAGUCCGGAUGCUCAGGCAUACCUGGACCCAGACCCGUUACCUCGAGUUGAACGGCUGCACUCAGGUCAGUGGGCACCAGGUCGAGGCCUCGCUUCCCCAAGGCGACGGCCUUGCACCCUUGGCCCUCAACGUGUUGAUGUCAGCGCCAAGCCGCCAGAUUGCCGACAGGUUUGGGGAUAGGCUCCAGCAAUGCAUCUUCCUCGACGACAGAGCAUUUACUACCGAGGCCCGCCUGGUCCCGGAAGUUCUACAAGCUUGGCAGUGGUGGUCGGAACAGUUUGGCCUUCGAGAAAACAACGGCAAACGCGCCAUCGUGUGCGCCCGAGGCCUAGCUGCGGAUGCAUUGCGCAGGGACGGCCUUGGCCAAUGGCUCAAGCAACAGACAAGGGUACUGGGCGUGGACUUCACUUCGAGCCCAGCGGUGCCACGCGUCACCAGUGCCAACCGCUUCGCCGAAGCGCUGAGGCUCGGCCGGAAGCUGCUCGCCAGGAGUAUUGCUUUGGAUGUCCGUCGUGACCUCUGGAGAACGCGAGUGGUGCCAUUACCCUGA